GGUAUAGGAGAAGAGGGGGGGACCAGCGGUACCCGGGUCCUCGUACUAAACCCGAGCGCGCUCUUAGACGCGCUCGCACUCCGAGAAGUGGCCGGCAGCGCACCGUCGCGUCCCGGUCUCCGUGCGCGGCUCCGGCCGAGGCGACAGACGUGCGCGCGCGCAGCGCGUUCCCCCCCCCCUUCCGACGGGACAUCUGGAGCAGCUCCCAGACGCGCGAGCGCGGCUGAGGACACCUGGAGAGCGGCGGACCGAGGAGGAAGCAGAGCCGCGAGACGAGCACUGACACGCGCACAGACAUGGCUGCCGCCUUCCCUCGGACCCUGGGGGAGCUGCAGCUCUUCCGCAUCCUGCAGAGGGCCAACCUGCUGUGCUACUACGACGCCUUCAUCCAGCAGGGCGGCGACGACGUGCAGCAGCUGUGCGAGGCCGGCGAGGACGAGUUCCUCGAGAUCAUGGCGCUGGUGGGCAUGGCCAGCAAGCCGCUGCACGUGCGGCGCCUGCAGAAGGCGCUGCGCGACUGGGUCACGAACCCGGCGCUCUUCAGCCAGCCGCUGGCCGCGCUCCCCGUCUGCAGCAUCCCCGUGUACAAGGUGCCCGAGCGCUCGGAGCCGGAGCCGGCGUCGGGCUCCCCGCGCUUCUGGGCGGCCCGCGGCCCCGACAGCGAGCCGAGCCUGUCCCCGGCCGAGCUGGCGUCCCCGCCGUCCCCCCGCGAGGGUCCCGAGGCGCUGGACGCGGCGGCCGUGCGCUCCGUGGCCGAGUGCGCGGAGCGAGUGGCCCGGGCGCUGCCCCGGUGCGAGGCGGCCGAGGCGCGCGAGCUGCUCCGCGGCAACAAGAAGCUCGCCAAGAUGAUCGGCCACAUCUUCGACAUGAGCGACUCGGACCCGCGCCGAGAGGAGGAGAUCCGCAGGUACAGCGCCAUCUACGGGCGCUUCGACUCCAAGAGGAAGGACGGCAAGCAGCUCACGCUGCACGAGCUGACCGUGAACGAGGCGGCCGCCCAGCUGUGCGUGAGGAACGCGGCGCUUCUGACCCGCAGGGACGAGCUGUUCUCUCUCGCCCGCCAGGUGUCCCGCGACGUCACCUACAAGUACACGUACCGCGCCGGCAGGUCGCAGUGUGAAGACAAGGAUGAGGCUUCCCCGAAGAGGAUAAAAACCGAGGUCUGUGCCCAGGACGGCGUUUUUGACCUGCAGGAGGCAAUGCAGGCCAUCUACAUGAGGCAGGAGGCACUGAGGGAGCAGCUGACCCGCGCCAAGCCAGCCGGGGGCACCGAGGCUGGACGGAACCCCCAGGCCACCAAGGCUGCCUCGCUGACCCACGUGCACCUGGAGCAGCUGCUCGCCAGGCACAUGGAGAUGCUCAGGGACACAGAGGCCCACGAGAGGCUUCAGGCGCUGGAGUGGAGGGUCCCCAGCGGAGCCCUCAAGAGACAGGAACCCGACAAGGUGUCGGCCAGUAGGAUGGUCAAGUCACAAGCGGAGUCUCCCGCGGUCCCGCGGGGCCCCCGGCCGAGGAGGAGCACAGCUGAAGGCGAGGUUCCCCUCGGGAGGCAGCUGGCCAUCGAGCUCAAAAGGCGGCACUCCGUCGGAGAGCCCAGGACGGUGGCCGCAGAAAAUGGGAGCAGGGAGGACUUCGCGCGGUCUGUGCUCAACCCCUCCGAGAAGAAGGUCAUCAAGCUAGAGCCGGAGGAGCCCAGAUAACCUCGGCCACGGACGCUCUGCCUAGCUGGCUGCAGCCGAGCCUUAACAACCAGCGAUGCCUCGUAAAGCGCCGUUUGCCAAAGCGCCCGGAUCUCCCGGCACGGUCCCUGCGUGGGGCGAGACCCCCGGUGGGGAUCCUCGCUGACUGCACCGUUCCUGCUGUCACUGCAGCUCUCUGUGGCUGGACAGUGUGGGGUGGCAUCUCUCCUAUGUAUAAUUGCAGUGUUCCUCUGGGAAACGUAAUAGGGAAGCGUUUAAAUGUUCUCUGUGUAGGAAACAAAAACUGUGUUGUUUUUGCCAAAAGUGGAGUGAACGAACUUUUUUGUGUGUGUGUGUGUGUGUGUGUGUGUGUGUGUGCGUGCGCGUGCACGUGUGUGUGCUCGCAGAAAGCCAGCAGUGAGGAUAUAUCAUACAAACAGUCCUCUGUCAGCUCAAGUGACGUCGGCGUUGUGUUGUAAAAAACCAGAGGACGGGGACCCUGCCCACAAGAGCACGAUGGCGCUUUCGGCGUCGAUCCGAAGGACGAGUACAGCUCGUGCGUCUCCUUGAUUUCCGUGCCAUUUUAGUAAAUUAGUAAAACUAUAAAAUGACACUAGCGCCUUGUGUUACGAACGGUCCAGUUACAAAAUGUCGAAGAUACAAACAUUUUGCCACUGUAUCUAUUUUUCAUGUAAAAUUUGCGCCCGUCGCGGAGCGAACGUAACCCGCGUUUACCCCCCCGAGCCGAUAGAUGGCAGUAAAGAGGACCGAAACAGAAGCGCGUGGGAAAAUGAGAAUUCGACUCACUUCCCAAGCGUCUUGUGUUCCUGAGUGACUGUGAUCGAUAAGAAGAUGACGAAUGUCGAACGUGUUAAUGGGAUGAAUCCGUGCAUAAUCGGCAUGGAAUAGGAGUUGACGGUAUGUGAUUUUUAUUUUUUGCCAUUUUAAAUAGUUUAAAUUUUAAUGUAGCUCAACUUAAUAUUA